GGAUUUAAUAAAACGGGUUAACAUUGAGCAGUGAAGUAGAUCAUGAGAACUGCCAGUUUGCGUGCUACGUUUUACGUGUAAUUUGAUAGUAGUUGCUAGCUUAAAUAGAGCUAGCCAUUUGUGAGUGAAAGCACAGGCGGUUAGCACGCGAGCACUAUGCAACCGAGUGGACAGAUGAGUGAAUUACAAGCGAACACGAGCGGAGUGCCCUCUCGUUAAGUUUUUCGCCAUUUUCCAACCGCUAAAAUUGCCAAAAAAGUUGGGAAAAUUGAACGAAUUAGGAUUGCAUAUGAGUGAUUGCAGUAAAUUAAAGACUGCAGCUGCAACAUUAGCCAAAUUACGGCCGUUUGCAACCUCAUUGAAAGGCCAGUUUUUGUGAAUGAAAUCGAUCGCUGUUCGAGGACCGCUCCCAGCUCAGGUAGGGCUGCACAUCUGCGCAUAAGAGUUUCAUUUUCGGCUGCCGGUACCUCAGUAUGCAAUUUUGCCUCGAUCGGUGCGGUCCCUCGGCAUUCGGUGAGUGCGCUCCGCCGUGUGCAGGUAUUGGAUGAAUUUCGAGUGUCCCCGCGCGCACUGUGGUACCCGCUUUGUGGCACACACCGCUAGAACCCCUCGAGGGCACUACGGCCGUCCCGUUCGCACCAACGCGCGUAGCCAUAGGAAGCGGUGGCAGCAGCAUAGGCCAGCAUCAUCAUCCCUGUGCGGGCACGAUCGUGAUUGAUGUUUGCGCUCGCCCCGGACGGAGGAGGACGGACUUUCUUUUUUUCUAUCUAUCAGCCCCGAGAGCAUCGGGUUCGCCGGAGGUACUUCGGUGCGCGUUCGAGCAGCAAGUUUAGCUCGUGGCAGUUAGCAUCCUUGCGUUUAUGGUGCAGGACCGGCCUGAAGAGCCUUGCGUGACCAUCGGAUACAUACGUAUGCGAAGCGUGUGUGCGUGUGCAUUGUACGUAAGGGCAUUGUAGUUUUACCGUACGAGCUUGCGUGCCAGCAGUAGUGUUUCGGUCUCGAUUGUUUGCACGUGCACGUGUUUUUGUGUCGUUGUUGUUUGCUGUGACUGUUAGUGAGCAUUAAUGGUGUAGCGCAAGUGAUAAUGAGCAGAUUUACUACCGCCGAUCGUGACCAUUGUUUGCACGUGCGGAUGAGGAUGAUCAUGUUGUUGAUGAUGGUGUCAUGCUAGCAGCAGCAAUCAAAGCUAAACCGUGUGGAAUUGUGGCAUUAUUUUUGGUUUUGCUUGCAUGAAACGAAAUUACGUUUUAAGAAGGAAGUUUAGAUAAACGCCUCAAUAAAAGGUGGAAUUUUGGAAGUGAAUUUUAACAGCUCAUUUCGUCUCCGUUGAGGCCCGUGUGUGAGUGCGUGUGAGCGAGUGUGUGUUUUGCUGUUUGUGAAGCAAGUGUACACGGGAGCGUAUCAGUAACACGUUCUAGCCUUUCAAAAAAACUCCCAAAACCCGAAACAGAGUGCUUUUAUUUUUUUGGUGAAUUGAAUUAUGAAUCUAGUAACGGUGUUUAUGGUGUGCCUGAUGGCCAUCAAUGCCUGGGCGGAGGUGGAAAGCAAAUCAAAGCCCGGCCGUGGCCGAGGAUCGAUGUGGUGGGGCAUCGCAAAGGCGGGCGAACCGAACAACAUCUCACCACUUGCACCGGGCAUGGCCUAUCUCGAUCCGGCCAUCCAUGCGACGCUGCGGCGCAAGCAGCGCCGGCUGGCGCGCGAAAACCCGGGCGUACUGGCCGCCAUCGCCAAGGGCGCCAAUCUGGCCAUCAACGAGUGCCAGCAUCAGUUCCGGACGCGGCGCUGGAACUGCUCGACGCGCAACUUCCUGCGCGGCAAGAACCUUUUCGGCAAGAUCGUUGAACGAGGUUGUCGUGAAACGGCAUUUAUCUACGCGAUCACCAGCGCGGCGGUAACGCACAGUGUGGCGCGGGCGUGCAGCGAAGGUUCGAUCGAGUCGUGCACUUGCGAUUACUCGCACCACAACCGCGAACCGCAGAUGAACAACAUGGGUGUGGUGGCGGGCGUCGGCGACUGGGAGUGGGGCGGCUGCAGUGACAACAUCGGCUUCGGCUUCAAGUUUUCCCGUGACUUUGUCGACACCGGCGAGCGGGGCCGCACGCUGCGCGAAAAGAUGAACCUGCACAACAACGAGGCUGGCCGUGCGCAUGUACAGGCGGAGAUGCGACAGGAAUGUAAGUGCCACGGUAUGUCCGGCUCGUGCACAAUGAAAACGUGCUGGAUGCGGCUGAACAGCUUCCGUACGAUCGGAGACAUCCUGAAGGAUCGGUUCGACGGUGCGUCCCGCGUCAUGGUCAGCAACAGCUUGCGGAGCACGAGCGUGAACGAGAACACGCUGACGAAUCGGGCCGGCUCGGCUAACCUCAAGACGAACACGAACAGUGUCGGUGGGUCGGCAAGCCCCAACAGUGUACUGAGCAACUCGAUCCAUGCUCGUGGCCAUCAGCAAAAGCGUGUCAAUCGGUAUAACUUCCAGCUGAAACCGUACAACCCGGAACACAAACCACCGGGCUCGAAGGAUCUGGUCUAUCUGGAACCGUCGCCCGGCUUCUGCGAGCGCAAUCCCCGGCUCGGCAUCCAGGGUACGCACGGUCGCCAGUGUAACGACACCUCGAUCGGCGUGGACGGCUGCGACCUGAUGUGCUGUGGACGGGGGUACCGGACGCAGGAAGUCACCGUAGUGGAGCGCUGCUCCUGCACCUUCCACUGGUGCUGCGAGGUAAAGUGUAAGCUCUGCCGAGCGAAAAAGAUCAUCCACACGUGUCUGUAAAAAAAAAACGAAAAACGAAAAAGGUGGACGAAUUUCCCAAGCUCCCGAAAUGUGUGUGUCCUUCAAUGCUCCCGGUGGGUGAAUCAUCUGUCGCCUGUUGCUCGUACCAUCGCGUCUCUGCUUUCGGGGCAACGUGUUUCCUUAUCUUAAAUAUUCGACUUUUGUUUUAAAACGUAUAAUGGAUCGGGACGGCAACGUACACGGUUUGGCCGUUCAGCGACGUGAGAGAAUGGAAUGCUGUGCCCAGGCCAGUGCCAGAGCGGUGGGAUUAAUAAUCUAGUAGAUGGGGUGCGCGGGCCGAGGCGCGGUGGAUUUAUCGUGCUGGAAGCGCUGCACGGAAGGAGAGAACGAAAGAUAGCAGGCAACGAACCCCGCGUUUCGCUUUCGAUAAAAUCCAUCGAGUGUUGAGGCCAAGAAGGGGUUUGGGUUUUAUCUCGCUCUUGUCCCUGCUCUGCUCCAUGACACACAUUAACGCGGGAACAGGAAUAGAAAUUUUGAGCUCUAAGAAAAGAAAACUGUGGAGCAAGGAUUAGGUGGAAUAGAGCACACACUGAAGGAGCUAUUUGUAAAUAGUUUUGAAAUAAUUUUUGUUUAAUUUUUAAAUAGCAUAUCUCUCUUACUUUCCUCUCCGACCUAUACACUUUACUCGAUUUGUUUUUUCGAACAACUUCUCUACACUCAUAACUGGCUGGAUGCUUUAUGUUUGCUGCUGGUUAGUUAACUUUACUGAUGUUCUGUGUUUAGAGAAUUAGUUUACAAAAUCAUGCUAAAUUGACUACCAAAAAAGAAACCCAUAAACAACGUACCAACUAUCGACUAGCAAAACGCAGGAAGAAAAGGAAAUGCUGGGAAGAACGGACCAAAUGAGGCAAAGCUCUUGGUUGUUUUUGUUUAAUACAAAACUGUAAAACUUUAGAGUAGAAGAGGAAAUGGUUUCGUUUGGGGUACGUUGGACAAAACUAGACAAACCAAAAUUUAAUCACAUGUGUAGAACGUGUUUUCUUUUCGGCAAAUCGUUCCGCUUAGGUAGCUAACUUAUUUGACGCUCUUACUUAAUAGAGAGUGUAAUAUUUUUUUGUUGUAAAGGAUAGGUUUCGGUGCGAUGCGAAGAGGAACAAAUUGUUUCAGUAUUAUAGAGUCACAGUAGGAACGUAAUUAAAACAUCAUCCUUUUCCUCAUUCCUCGUACAUCCCAUACAUCUUCUCUCCUUUCUCCUUAUUUCGAGUGGUGCCAGUUUAAACAAAAAAAAAAAAACAAUUUGUACAGUUAGUUGGUGAAGUUGAUAGAGGAUAAAGGAACCAGAAUGCACAAACGAAAUCCCAGUAAAAAAAAUGCACGUAUUAUAAGCAUCAAGCGCCCUGUGAGAGAAAAAAAAACAGCUACAAAGGAUGCUUUUCUGUGGCUUCGGUGUGUAAGUGUAUGUGUGUGUGUGUCUAUAUUUUUUAUAAACUAUACGAUCGAUACACUAUAACCCAUUUUUAUAUUGUAGUUACAGAUGUACAUAGAGCGAGAUAUUAGAUUAAUAAUUUUACUAGACUGGAAUGCAGAACAGUGAACAGCCGGAAGUCAGGAAACGCACAGUAAAAUAAUAAGCCAGCCACAUAUUUUGAUGGAACCCAUAAUGAAGAAAAUCUAUAAAAAUGCAGUAGAAAAUGUGAACAAAAUCCUGAAAGACUGAAUAGAAAUUAACGCACCAAAAAAGAAGGAAAUGAUUUGUUUUAUUUUUUUCGUGUUUGUUGUUUUUUUUUCUACAGCAAGUGCAAAACAAACACUUCGGGUGGGGCGAAGAAGUUUUUUUUAAAUAUCGUCAUUUAUUCUUUUCAAAAGUGAACCAUUAUUUGAAGCAGUUAGAUGUGGUGCUUGGCAUAUGGUGGCACUCCUUGCAAUUCUAAAAAAGCAAGCCACCUAGUCCAAGGCUCUAAUGACGGGUUUUUACUUCAGUCUCGAUGGCGAACGUUUGUUUUACCCUUGUCCUGUAGCUAAAAGG